AUGGUAACAAGAGGUGACGUAAGCAGUUAUCGUAAUCGUCACGGAACAAUAUCACAAAAUAUAUUAGCAGCUUGUACCUUUGAUUUAGAAUUCAUAUAUGUGCUUAGUGGGUGGGAGGGCUCAGCUCGUGAUUCAAGAGUACUAAAUGAUGCUUUAACAAGGAGGAAUGGACUUAAAGUGCCACAAGGUCAAGGUCGUGACCCUGCAAAAGAAGUUGAGUUGUUCAGUCUUCGUCAUGAGUCCUUGAGGAAUGUCAUUGAGAAGAUCUUUGGUAUAUUUAAAUCACGAUUUACAAUUUUCAAGUCUGCACCUCCAUUCCCAUAUAGGACACAAACAGAGCUAGUGUUAGCUUGUGCUGGACUACACAACUUUCUUCGAAAGGAAUGUCGAUCAGACGAGUUUCCUAUUGAAUUGGAGAAUGAAUCUUCUUCAUCUUCGUCAUUACCGGUUAAUUAA